AUGGCCGAAGCUAUUCUAUUCCCGUCACAGCCUAUGUUCAUGGUGGACCGGGGCUGGCAGCGCAGUCGGAAGAAGAAGACCAAGAACACGGUCCGCGUUGCUGAAUCGGAAGUCCAAAUAAAUGGUGUCCCUGAAAUCACGAUCACACUGGCGAAGCCCAGGUCCUCUAAAUCCAAAAGCCUGACCAGGACUGCCGAAGUCCAGCAGCGAAAUGUCAAGGCACAGUCCAUGGAGCAUGAGCCUCCAACAUCGAAGCAGAAGCAUGUAAGCAGGACCGCGAAGCAGGUAACGGCUAGGACCAAGACGCAAAGAUUAGGCCAGACAUCAACAACAUUGGCGAACGCAGUCCCGACAUCGGAUCUUCGGCGUCCAUCCGUGCUGAGCAUCGGUAUGACUGGUAGUUCAUCAUCGCUGUAUACGGUCAUAGAUCCUGAGGUCAGUGAUUUCCAGAGAUUUAUCAAUUACUAUCCGACCCGCCUAGCUUCUGCCUUGUUGCCCGUUAGUAAACAUGUCCGAUUCAACUCAAACCCGAUUCAGGACGUAUGGUUCCCAGCAGCCAUGAACGACGAGGUCCUACUUCACGUCAUUCUGUUCUGCUCGGCUUUACAUCAAUCUUGCAUGUUGGACUGUUCUGACUUUAGCGACUCAAAAGUCCUUCUCAAAGUCAUCCUCGACCGACUCAACCGCCGCAUGCAAGCUCGCAGAUAUUCCGACGAAACGAUAGGCGCCAUCUCAUGUCUGGCGCUCUGCGAAAACCAGUUGGGCAAUCACGCCAAGUGGGCCAUGCAUACUACAGGCAUGUCUGAAAUGAUCCAAAGCAGAGGAGGAAUUGCCGCCAUCCCCGAGGAAAUGCAGUUGAAGCUUUACCGAGCAGAUAUCAUCGGGGCCGUGGAUACGCUAUCAUCUCCGCGCUUGCCGCGCCCGAUCAGGACGUCAAAGUCUCUCUACCGCGCCAUUAACGUCGACAUACCGCCAACUGUGUCCCUGAUCAGCGAGCUGGCUGAUGCCGAUUUAACACCCAAUCUGUUCGACAUCUUCAUCGACUUGUCCUACUUCUGCCAAGCUCUGAACGUCGCAGCCAAAACUCAGAUCGCCGUUGACUCCAGGACAUACGAAGAGGAUGUGUUCUGCAUACAGUACGACCUGAUCACCUCUGUUAGAGCUAGCCAGAGAGGCAUCGAGUGCGCUUGCCGACUUGCGGCACUGGUGUUCAUGCAGAGCAUCAUGAAGGAAAUACCCUUCAUCAAGACAUCCUCCGGUAUUAUAUCGAGAGAACUCCAGCGUUCACUAUGGUGCCUGGAGGUAGAGCGCGAACCUGGCAGCUUGAUUUUCUGGACCCUGGUCAUGGGUGCUUUGGUCUCGUCUAGGACAAACGAGAAGGAAUGGUACCGAGACAAGCUAAGAGCAAUGGCAAGCUGGCCUGGCAAUUUGGUCAAUUGGCAGAACGCGAAAGCCAAACUGCAAGAGAUAGUAUGGAUCGAAAGUCUCCAGGAUCCUUUCGGACAGCAGCUCUGGCAUGAAGUCUUUGGAUGCUCCUAA